CGCUGAAACGCCAAGUAGUGACUGCAAGACGUGUGAAAGUGUUUUAACCGAAAUCGACGAUAUCGUUAUUCGUUAACGGUUUCUCAUCAAUCGCUUUGUAGUCCGUGCUAUUGUUACUUGAUCUCGAAGUUCGAUCGAGUAGAAUGGAACCAUCUAGUGAUAUAAGUAUUGAAAGCGUUGAAGAAAAUAUUCUUAAAUCUUCAUUAAAUCGAGUUAGAAAACGAAAAAAGCAACUUUACACUGAUUUGAAAAAGCAAAUUGAAUUUUAUCUAAGUGAUGCUAAUUUAAGAAAAGAUAGGUAUUUUGGAAACCUUAUGCAAACCAGUCAAUGUAUUAGUAUUGACACAUUUUUGAACUGCAAUAAAAUUAAGAGUUUAACCAAAAAUCCAGAAGAUAUAAUUAAAGCUAUAGAAAACUCUAGUGUUCUAUCUGUUAGUGACUGUAAAUCCAACAUUUAUAGAAUUAAGCCAAUUGAAGAAAAAACACCAGAGGAUGUUGAACGUUGUACAGUAUAUGUGGAACAAUUGCCUCCUAAAGCGGAUCAUGAUUGGAUUAAAUCAAUGUUUGAAAAAUAUGGAAAUGUUGCUUAUAUUUCAUUGCCUAAAUUUAAAAGUGGAACAAUAAAAAGAUUUGCAUUUAUUGAAUUUGACGACGAAGAAUCUGCAAUUAAAGUUCUCAAAGAAUAUAAAAAAUUACAUGAAGAAUCAAAAAUCCUUCCAGAAGAACUGCAAAGUAUAAUUACUUUUAAAGAAGAUGAAGAUAAAAAGGAUACCAAAGAAAGUACUGACAAUGUUAAUUUGUCGAAAAAAAGAAAACAUUCUGUUAGCAUAGAAGAUGUAAAAGAAAAAAAAAUAAAGACAGAGACACCGCAAGUAAGCUGUUCUGGAAUUAAAAAUAAUAAAAAGAAGAAGAAGAAAGACAAAACUAAAAAAAGUGACUUGGACGGAGAACAAAAAAAUUCUUCUUUUGAAAUUAGUGACAGUGAAAAUAACCAAAAAACUUUAAUUGAAAAUCUUGAUACCAGUAUUUCAAAACCAGAAGAAAUAAUCACUAGUGAUGAUGAUAAAAGAGAAAUAAAUAUUGAGCCAAACAGUACUGAUUCAAAUAUAAAAAAGAAAAGAAAACGUAAUAAAGGGAAAAAAGUUAAAUUAGAUACUAAUUUAACGUCACCUGUGUUAAGAAUAAUGUCAAAAACAGAGUGGAGAAAACUAAGAAAUCAAUUUUUAAAUAUGCAGCGACAAAAAAUGUCUUUAUUAAAAGCUCAGUUGCGCCGUCCUAAAUAUAAUGAAAAUUCCAAUACACAUUUUCAUGAAAAUUUGGGGAAAAGCAAUGAGACCAAUACAAUUGUUGAAAGUGUAGAUGUACAAUUACCAAAAAAUAAUGAUAUUCGUGUAAAGUAUGAACCUGGUGUAAUAUUGAAAAUUUCAUUUACAAAUCCAAUUGAAUCUGAUAAAAUAUUCAAAACUGAAGCAAAAAUUGAUCCUAGGGUGAAGUUUGUUGAUGUUGUACACAAUUCUGAAGCUUAUGUACGUUGCGAUUGUCAAGAAACUGCCAUAAAAAUAGCAGAGGAAAACCGAUGGCCGCAAACCAGAUUAUUAACAGGCGAAGAAGAAAAGCUUUACUGGGAUAAAAUUUCAAGAGAUAGAGAAAUUAAAUGUACUAAGCAAAAAGAAACUAAAAAACCACGAGGUCGUGAAAAGCUAAUUAAAAAAGCAGAAAAAAGAUUGGCUCAACAUGUUACAUUUAAUCAAGAAGAUAAUGAAUAAAUAUACAUUUUAGUUAUUACUUAUUAUUUUAUAAAAUUACUUUUUAUAACAAGAGCAAUAAAUGUAUUUACAAUA